UUAUGGUGUUUUCCAGUAACUUUGUGCCGCCUGAAUCUUCACCCACAGGGCUUCCUGCUCUUCAUUAGAACAGGAAGUGCUCUUGUGCAAACCUCAGCUUGUGGUUGAGAUUGUGUAAACCUUUCAUAAGCUGAACGUCAAACCCGUUAGCUCAGUCCAGACAUCAAUCAACCUCCUCCAACUCCAGACAGCGAGUCCAGGUUGGUUCAAGAAACAUCUGCUGGCUGCUUCGCUCCCGUAAAUAGAAUUACCUGUGCCCACCGGAUGUUGGCAUUUUCAUCUGAAAGCAAAUUUAAGCAACACAGACCUCUGGAGUAUACACCGACCCAAAAGACUCACCAGAAACUCUGAAACUAUUUCUGAGAUGUACCUACUGACCCUGCUGACCUUGGCAGUGUUGCCAUUCGUGGUACAUGGAGGGAAAGUUUUGGUCUUCCCUUGGGAUGGAAGUCACUGGAUCAACAUGAACAUCAUCGUAGAAGAGCUUCACGCCAGAGGCCAUGAGGUCACCGUUUUGCGACCAUCAACUGCCUGGUACAUCAAGCCAGACUCUCCUCACUAUAAAUCCAUUACCAUUAACACUUCUGGAGGUUAUGAGAAGGAAAACUUUCAGCUAUAUAUAACAAGAACUCUAAACAUGAGGCGCCAAGGUGCUUCCUUCUGGACUCGGAUAUCUCUAGAGUAUGAUGUCAUGAUAAUGUUUUACGAGCUGCAUAAGCAAGGACUUCAGAUGGUUGAAGAUGUUUUUGAAAAUAACCAACUUAUGCAGAGUCUCCGUGAUGCCAAAUAUGACCUGGUUCUAACUGACCCUGCAACUGGUGGAGGUGUUCUUCUGGGUCACCGUUUGGGUCUCCCUCUUGUUUUUAACGUCAGAUGGACAAUUCAGGGUGAAGGGCAUUACGCAAUUGCACCUUCCCCACUGUCUUAUAUCCCGGUACCUUGGUCAGAACUACCUGAUAGAAUGACAUUCAUCCAAAGGGUCCAAAAUGUAUUCUAUUAUUUCUUAACACGCCUCUACAGUUGGUACGUCGCAGAUUCAAACUACAAACCCUUUGUCCAUCAUCACUUUGGCAAAGAUGUACAUUACAUGGAGCUGUUUCAAUCAGCCGACAUCUGGCUGAUGAGAAACGACUUCACCUUUGAGUUUCCACGACCAACAAUGCCAAACGUCAUCUACAUGUCAGGAUUCCAGUGCAAACCCUCCAAACCUCUCCCCAAACAACUGGAGGAGUUUGUACAGAGUUCUGGAGAACAUGGUGUCAUUGUGAUGACAUUGGGGACAUUGGUAGAAAAUCUCCCUGAGGACAUGGCUGAGGACAUUGCUGCUGCUUUUGCUGAGCUUCCCCAGAAGGUGAUCUGGAGGCACAAAGGAAAGAAACCAUCCACCCUUGGCAACAAUACCCUAAUCUUGGACUGGUUACCCCAAAAUGACCUCCUUGGCCAUCCCAAAACCAAAGUGUUUGUGGCUCAUGGAGGCACCAAUGGAUUGCAAGAGGCCAUCUAUCAUGGCGUUCCCUUGGUUGGCUUGCCCCUCAUGUUUGAUCAGGCAGACAACUUCUUCAAGAUGGCAUCAAGAGGGGUGGCCAAAGUCCUGGACAUUGCAGAACUAAAUAAAGAUGUCUUCUUGGAGGCUCUGAAGGAGGUUCUCUAUGAGCCUUCAUACAGAGAGAAGAUGAAGGAGCUGUCCAGCCUCCACAGGGAUCAGCCCAUGAAACCUCUGGAUCGAGCCAUGUUCUGGAUCGAGUUUGUCAUGAGGCAUAAAGGAGCGGCCCAUCUGAGGACUGAGUCCUACAAGAUGUCCAUGAUCCAGUACCACUCUGUUGAUGUUUUGGCAUUUCUGUUGGCAAUUAUUCUGCUGCUCUUAACUGUUUUUAUUUCUGUAGUCAAAUUUCUCUGGAAGAGAGUGUUUUAUAGCAGUAAAGCUAAAAAAGAAUAAUGAAAAUGUUUUCAAACUGAAGCAAAUGUAUUUCAUACAGUGCAGUUGGUUACCAUGCAUGUUAGAUUUCAGUGUCUUGAAGUACAAAAUUUCCAGUAAUAUAUUUAUCAACUUACUAAUGAGAUUAAGAAACGUCAAAAAAUUAUGCCACGUAUUUCCUCAGUCUUUUUGUCACAUGCCAUCUUGUUAAGUACAUCUACAACUGUAUAUAAUUGAAAAAUUUGGUGAGCUCCAUCUUUUUGAAUAGGGAAAAUUUUUAUUUCUGAAUGUUGUUGAAGGUGUUUUGCCUGUUUAUGAUUAUUCUAAACCACUGAUUUAAAUAUGUGAAAAUGAGAAAUGAUUUUUCACUGUAAGUCAAUGAAACAAAUGGAUAAACAUUCUGAUAUGUUUAUCCAUAUAAAGAUAUGAAUAAACUGUUGCUGUUGCAUUAAAGUUACAUUUCUAUUGUAGAAAACACAGUGUCGACUGACUGCUUAAACGCGUGAAUUUCCAGAAUAUCUGGAAGCCACAAAAUCUGAAAUCUUUUCUAAACACACAUUUUCGACUUUUGAAACUCAUAAAGUUUCAAAAGUCUUUAUGAGUUUUUUUCUAGCUAAUUUCUUAUAUUUUGAGUUUUUUGGCAGAAAUAUGCUUCUUUUUUCCUUUCUACAAUGGCACUGAUACGCCAUCGUACGUUUCUUCUUUCUAAUAAUCCAAACUUUAAUUCCACCUUUAAGCUCAUUGGAAGUAAAGCAGAAGAGCUGCUCAUGGUUUUGGUUGUAUUUGUUUAGUUUUUUUGCUACAACUCAGCCCAUCAAUAAAAUCUACACACUAAA